CAAAGACAGACUCGUGGUUGCGUGGUCUGUUUGGAUGGAUGGAUGGAUGAAUGCCCUGCUGGCCAUUUGAUGCUUUCGUAGACACACCCUCAUGUCCUGCCUGUUCCAUCGACACAAUUACAUCCAUUCAUGUGCGAGGACUAUACAGUAAUAAUCCACGACGCACGACCGAAAAACCCUUUCGUUGACCCUCUCAUUGACACACCUCCCCCCCUCUCAUUGACAACCAUCCGUCCAAAAAUCAUCAACCGCUCUUCCUCUCCUCCCAUCUCUCCUCUCUGCUCACGUCCAUCCAUCCAUCCAUGCAUGUCGCUAGGGUCAUCAUCUCGGCCAUACGUAGGCACCAAUUUGAGCCCGAAUGCGCCGCCUGAUGCGUGCGAGGGGGAUGGGCAGCUCUUCUCCUUCCUCCCCCUCCUCCCUCUCCUCUUGUUUCUCGUCCGGCUUGUGCUUGACGGCCAUGUGUGGGUCGCUCAGCAGGCGGGACUUGACGUACUCGUAGACGCCGAACUGGAUGCCGAUCAUCGGCACCACACUCAUCAGACGCAUCGGCAAAGCCCUGCAUAAACAAUGACGCCAUUACACACGCACAAAUGCGGCAAGUGAGUGUGUGUGAAGAGACAUACAUGGCCCUUGUACGUACCUGUAGAGCCUGCCGACGCCCUCCUCCUUGAUGACCCGCAGGAAGCAGUCAAUUAUUCCUUUGUACGGCUGAACCGCACCCAACGUCGCCUGGCAGAAUUCGCACACCAUACACACACACAUACAUACACACAGCAAACAGACGUGUGACCCCGCCCUCCCGCCCGGCCGCCCACCUGUGUGACGAGGCGUGUCUUGACGGUGUCUACGGGUAUCAUGAUGGCCACCACUAUGCCCGCCGCAGUGGCGCCUAUCAAGAAAUUCUCCGCGUCAGACGGAUCUCGUGGGAAGAUAACCGAGUGCAAAUUCCGCAGCUGCUCACACACACAUAUACACACAUACGAUGGUCGUGUUGCCCGUUGGCGUCAGUCAACGUGCGUGUGUGUGUGUGUGUGUGUACCUGUUGGUAUGCGACCCAUGUGAGGGAGUAUGAGGGGAUCUUCUGGAUCAUCCCGGGGAACCACCCGGUGUAGAGGCCCCGCACACCCUCUGUGCGCAGCAGCUUGCUCAGCCCCGACACCAGAUUGGGGUAGAUCCCUGCAUGCCGCAAGGGGCACACACAAAGGUGGCUGGCCAUGUGUUGGUGUCCUAGCAAUGCUUGCCUCUCUCUCCUACCUCUCCUACCUGUGACGAUUCUGUCCACCAGGACCAUCUGUGGUGUGCUGAUGACCGAGCACAGGAACGUGGCUGACGCCUGACACACACAGGGAGGGCGGGGGAUGGGUGGGCGGGUGGGUGGAUGGGUCUGCUAUGGUGUGACUGGUUGCCUGUGAGCAGAAGUCGAAGACGAAUCCCGCCUGCUUGAUGGGCAUCAGGCGGGUCAUCUGAUGCUUCAUGAACUGCACACACACACAUACAGCACCCAUGCACCGACGAAACAUUCGUGGAUUGCACGCCAGUGUGUGUGUUCUGUCCCUCCCCGACCCACCCCCAGGACAGCGAAGUUCAUGGCUCCAUGUGGGAGGGAUAUGAGGAACUGUGCCCCCGCCCCUCGCCACCAUAUCCCUGGGUGGCCCAGGAAGUACCCCCACCCCUGCCACGUGUUGCGGCCCUGCAGCAGCGUCUUGACGCCUAUCAACGGAUGCACCGCCGUCUGGGCCACACUGAAUGCAGACAAAAAUACAAAAAGAGAUCCAUGGAUAAGCAUAAGCAGACAGACAUCCUCUCCUCAGGCAUGCAUGUAAGUGUGUGUCUGUGUGUCGUGCUCACCUCCUGCUGAGUGCUCCGGCGAGCAUGUUGCCCCAGAAGGUGAGCUUGCCCUUGUCGUGCAGGGGUAAUGAUAGACCGUCCAGCAGAGAAAACGACAUCGGCCGCCUCACCAGCGCCGCAAGACGCCGGUGCCGCCUUUCGGGCCUCGAUUCAGCCGGCUGCUCGGUGGCUGGAAGCUCCCCCGCCCUCCUCUUUCUCCGCUUUAGACGAGGUAACACAGAACGAGAGGUCUGCAGUGCCCCCUUCCCAUCACCACCGUCAGCCGUCCCCCUGUGCUGACCAGUCCUCUUGGGCAGUGCAUUCCGCAGACCGUUGGCAGUGACGAGAUGCCGAAUCGAUGAAGGCACACUCCCGCACUCACAGCAGAAGAGCAUGAGCAGCAUCACAGCCGCGUGCACAAUGGCAAGCACGACAGCACGGAACGGUGACGGUGACGGCAGGGGGAGAGAAAUGGGAUGCGGUCUGCGGCGAGCGGGGCUGGAAUGCCAUGGUGUUGGCCUUCUGCUGCAGGCGUCGUGCCAUCUCUCUGCUGCAGAUGAUCUCUCUGAGGGCUGAUCUAGGGAUGAUUCUUGCCUGGACGGGUAAUGGCUGAUGGACUCCAUCUUCGUACAGCUUCCUCUCUUCGCCUUUCGCG